AUGGAAGAACGACGAGUCGCAUCCUUCAGCAUCGACGUCUUUGCCGACAAGGCCAACGCCAAAGACGUCGUCACUGCCAUUCUUCACACCAUCUUCUGGUAUCGCAUCUUCGCCAACCUCGAGCCCUCGUCGCACGAUGUGCUAGACAUUCCCAUACCCUGGAUCCAGGACGUCGACCUCCAAACGCUUGUUGAACAGCGCGUUGAUCAGUUCGUCCGUCAGGUCGACGCCGACUCCAACGACCAGAAUCAAAACACCCGCGGCCAGCUUGUCGUACAGUUCAGCGAAAGGGAGCGCAGAAGAAAGAAGGGCUGGUUCGGCGCAAAGGAUGAGGAUCUGGUCUGGGAGACGUGGACGCUGAACAUUGCCCUCGCUUCCCCGCGCACUCAUCAAGAAGCGGCCACCUCCCGACGAGCCAUAGAAAGAUCCCUCAGCAACGCCGUCCUCAAGAUCACCGAUAUCGUACAACAGAACAAAGACCAUGUCCCGCCCAUUACCACCCAAGACACGAACACUUUUCCGUAUCAUAUCCUGGUCAACCCUAAGAACGACGGCUGGGGCCAGCGUAUGGGCAUUUUCUAG